AUGGGCACCUACCACAGCUCUGCUAGUCUGCGACCCGACGGCCAAGGCCAACAAGAGGGCAAGAUCCGCGCCUCGCAUCUGCUCGUCAAGCACAAGGACUCUCGCCGCCCCUCGAGUUGGCGCGAGGCCCAAAUCACCCGCUCCAAGGACGAUGCCAUGACCAUCAUCCUCGGCCAUGAAGCCAGAAUCAGAAGCGGCGCAACCAGUCUUGGCGACCUUGCUACCACCGAGAGCGAUUGCAGCAGCUCUAGAAAGAGAGGUGAUCUGUAUGUGUCUCUGCCUUUCCUCGGAUCGCCUCGUCAACUAACUCUCCUUCCAGCNGGUUUCUUUGGUAAGGGCGAUAUGCAGAAGGAGUUUGAAGACGCCGCAUUUGCUUUGAAGCCCGGCGAGGUCAGCCAUGUAGUCGAAACUGCCUCUGGUCUGCAUCUGAUUGAGCGGUGA